UCCUCCUCUCUCUCUCAGUGUGAGGGGAAAUGAGCGCGAUGGCGGCGGGGGAGAGGAGCACUAAGGAGAAGCUGCUCUCUGCGCUCAGUGAUAUGGAGGUUUUAUCGCGAGAGCUGAUAGAGAUGCUCGCUCUGUCCCGAACCCAGAAGCUCCCGCAGCCCGGAGAGGACACUCAGGUGCUGGAGCUGCUGGUUCAGAGGGAUAAGGAGUUUCAGGAGCUGAUGCAGACGGCGGUGGAACAGGGCAGGAUCCAUCAGGAGAUGCAGCAGCUGGAGAAAGAAGCAGAAAAGAGAGACAGUGACAUUCAGCUGCUGCAGAAACAGCUGAAAGAGGCCGAGCACAUCCUGGCGACGGCUGUUUACCAGGCCAAAGAGAAGCUCAAGUCCAUCGAAAAGGCCAGAAAAGGCAGCAUCUCUUCAGAGGAAAUAAUUAAGUAUGCGCACAGGAUAAGCGCCAGUAAUGCAGUGUGUGCUCCUCUUAACUGGGUUCCAGGUGAUCCUCGGAGGCCGUAUCCUACAGAUUUGGAGAUGCGCAGUGGGAUGCUGGGACACAUGAGUAACCUGCCCACUAACGGUGUGAACGGACACCUGCCGGGAGACGCACUGGCUGCCGGGAGACUACCAGAUGUUCUCACGCCUCAGUAUCCCUGGCAAUCUGACGUUUCCAUGGGGAUGCUGCCUCCUCACCACGGCAACGACUUCGGCCUGGAGCCGCCGGGACACAACAAGGAGAACGAGGACGAUGUGGAGGCCAUGAGCACCGACUCGUCCAGCAGCAGCAGCGACUCGGAUUAAAGAGAGUGUGGGUGUGUGAGGGUGUGUGAGGGUGUGUGAGGGUGUGUGAGGGUGUGUGAGGGUGUGUGUGAGGGUGUGAGGGUGUGUGUGUACGACUGCUUUCCUGCUUCUUACCUUCAUUUUCAGGUUUAUAGAUCUUAUAUUCAGUCACUCAGCCGCGACUCUGCUGUUCAGAGUUUUGCAGUGAAGCUAACAGAGCUAACACAUAGGAGAGGCUAAUCUCCCAAACACUUCCAUUUAAAUAAGAAACAUCUAAACCCAGAUAGAUCGGUUCAUAGACAGAAAUUAGGAUUGUAAUAAUUCUAGUUUGGUUUAAAGCUCCAGUGCUGAAUGAGAAAAUCCUAAUGCUUGAUCCUAUUUAAAUCUUCUCCAUCCAAAUGAAUCUCCUUUUCUUUUCCCUGUGUUUACUUUAGUUUUUUACUUUUUGGUUGAUAAAUUACCCUGAUGAUGUCAGUCUCUACCACGUGUUUGUAAAAGCAGGUUUUGUGUAAAUAGUGUUAAUGUAAAUAUGUUUUUGCGUUUUCAGACGCUGUAAAUAAAGUUUUCUUUUGCUAAAAUAAA